ACGUGAUGAGAGGCACGUGGCUAAAGCCGUCCCUAUUGGUCAGGCCGUGGGGCCGGCGCUCACGUGAGCGUGCGGGUGGCUUCCGUGCGGUGAUCGCGGGGCGCGCGGAGCUUGGGGCCUGGUGGGGGACGAUGAGUGGCGGCCGGCGGAAAGAGGACCAGACGUCGCACUCGCAGCAGCACCUGGUGGCCAACGGCGGCGGCGUCCUGCGGGGCUCGCUGUGGAGCAAGGCGCUGCGGAGCGACUCCGCCUGGGAGGACAAGGAUGAGUUUCUAGAUGUGAUUUAUUGGUUCCGGCAGAUCAUUGCUGUUAUUUUGGGAGUGAUCUGGGGCAUUGUUCCACUAAAAGGAUUUAUAGGCAUAGCAAUAUUCUGCCUCAUAAAUGCCGGUGUCCUAUACCUCUAUUUUAGUAGCUUCCAGCAAAUAGAUGAAGAGGAGUAUGGAGGAACAUGGGAGCUAACAAAGGAAGGGUUCAUGACAUCUUUCGCAUUGUUUUUGGUUGUCUGGAUAAUCUUCUACACUGCCAUCCAUUAUGAUUGACAAAAUAAGCCAAAUCAGUUGUCAUAAGUUAUUGAAGAACACUUUAAGAAACGGCUUCUGAUGGAUUGGGGGGAGGUAAACUAAGCCUGCUUUUAUGCCCAAGGUCUGAGGAGAUGGGACAAGCUUCAUGGCUUCUGAGAAGAGAAAUUGAGUCUGUGUUGAUUAUUUUUUAAAAAGUGUUGCUUUUCUGGAACUUAAAAAAGCCAUCACAAUAUUAAGCAGUUCAAGACUGUUCAAUCUGAAUUUUUUCUGUGACUUUCUCCACUACAGUGACAACCAGCCUCUCUUUGCUAAAGGGUAAACGUAGUAAUUAAUUUGUGCCCACUGUGUUGCCCUCUCCAAAUGAGAUCUGUUCAAUUUAUGUCUUGUCUUCCAUUUGACAGUAUACGGUUUUAAAAUAGUAGCCGUUAUGAGGCUUUUGGCAGGAGGAAAACUCUGUGGAAUUUAUUAUAGAGCACAGAAUGUGACAGUUGUCUUUGACUUGUUUUAAGAAAAUUAAAGGUCUGACUUCAGUAAACUGAUUGUAUUAAGUAUUACUGUUUAUAACCGGGUCAUUGGGGUUUCUUAAACUUUGGUUGCUUAGUUCAGUUAUAACCAGAAUCUUCAGAUUAUUUCUUAAAACUUUCAUAUUAUAACUCCUGUUGGGGAUUGUUAGGUAUACUUGGUUUGUUUAACUUUUUAAAAGUCACAAUUUUAAGAGCACCUUAACGUUUCAAUUAGCCAACUAAUUAACUUCUCAGAGCCUACCUCAGAGUUCAGUGGUCUAAAUGCACAAAAUAACUCAAGACAUAAUUCAGAACUCAGUUACUUAGGGGUUUCUACAGGUGUUUGGAGUACAAACACAGCUCAUUUUUCAGUUUUAAUAAAUAAUUGAAAAAUUAAUAUAAAUGAAGGCAGCUAAUUCCAUGGAGCUAUUCCAUGAUGGGAAUAGAUUGGGCUACAGUUUUGAUUUUUUUGUGAUUAUAGUUAUUGUAGAUAGUGAUAAUGGAUUAUGGACUAUACACUAGUUUAGGCUACUUAUGAUUCUUAUUCAUGGAUCCCAUCCAGGAAUAUUUUUAAAAUAUAUAAAGACUAUCUACAUGGGUAUCUUCCAGAAGUAGACCUGACUGUUCAAAUCUUAAUUGAAGAUCAGUCGACAGAGGACAGAAGGAGGUUUGCACUAAGACUGCCUUAUAAUGAGAACCUGAUGUGAGUCUUAAUAUACUGUGGAUGGAUUCUGCUAUUCUUCCUGCUCCUCCAUUAAGCCGUUAUUUUUUGCUUACUUCACUUUUCAAGGCAACUUUCUAGAUACCACAAAUACCACCUUGCCCCCUUCCAUUGUUCAGUUCUAACAUUAGAGGCAAAUUCCAUCAUAGGGGAGGCAAAAGUACUGUAGGUUCUGAGAGCCAUCACAGGAGCUUUUCUUGCAGGUCUUUUUUUGCCAACUUACUGAAUAGUUUUUCAUUCAGACUCCUACUGUAUGGAUUAGUCUGUCAUUCUGCUCUAAAACUUGAUUUCUGCUAGUAUUCAAAUUAUAUUUCUCAAUCAGCAUCUGAUUUUGUUUACUUAAAGCUACAGUCACCCACCAGUAUAUUAGAUCAUUUUAUACAUGAACAUGCUCUAAUAAAUGUCAUGUGGUUAUGAA